AUGGAUUACCGAGAAGAGUUGGAACCGGUUUUGGGAGAUGACAAACUGGCCAGGAAGCCUGCCGAAGACAACGAAAACAGAGGGAAAUACAAUGGCAGGCGGAUAGCCAAUGACUUGAACAGCAUCUACAGCACAGAUCUUCUCCCGGCUAGAGACGGUGAGGAAGCCACAAAGCAGUUCCUACAAGAGCUGGUGAACAUCCUCCUGGCUUACAUCUGUAAAUCUAUGAAACCAGGCUCCAAGGUGCUGGAUUUUCAUCAUCCUCACCAGCUUAAGGAAGGACUAGAGGGUUUCAGUCUGGACCUCCCAGACCGGCCCGAGAAUCUGGAACAACUGCUGGUCGACUGCCAGGACACCUUAAAAUACGGAGUCAAAACUGGUCACCCUCGCUUUUUCAACCAGCUGUCAUCUGGACUAGACAUCGUCGGCCUGGCAGGGGAAUGGCUAACAUCAACUGCCAACACAAACCUAAUCACUUAUGAGAUAUCGCCUGUGUUUCUCCUUAUGGAGGAGGUCCUUCUGCAGAAAAUGUGUGGUAUCAUUGGCUGGUCUGAGGAGGAAGGAGAUGGAGUUUUCUCCCCUGGUGGUACCAUGUCUAACCUGUACAGCGUGUUGCUGGCCAGGUUCCAUCGUUUUCCGGAGGUGAAGACAAAGGGCAUGAACGGUCUUCCUCGACUGGUCCUGUUCACCUCUGAACACAGUCACUAUUCAGUCAAGAGUUCGGCUGCUGUUCUGGGGAUUGGCAUCGACAACAUCAUCCUGGUUAAGUGUGAUGAGAGGGGAAAGAUGCUUCCAGCAGAGUUAGAAUCCAGCAUCGCGUCAGCGAAGGCCAAGGGUUUGGUUCCCUUCUACGUCAAUGCGACAGCAGGAACUACGGUCUACGGGGCCUUCGACCCAUUGAACAGCAUCGCAGACAUCUGUGCACGACAUGGACUCUGGAUGCACGUUGAUGCGGCUUGGGGAGGUGGAUUACUCCUGUCCUCGAGGCACAGGGGAAAACUGCAAGGAAUUGAAAGGGCGUCCUCCGUCACUUGGAAUCCCCACAAAAUGAUGGGAGUGCCGCUGCAGUGUUCUGCCAUUCUGGUGAAAAAGAAGGGCCUCCUUCAGAGCUGUAACCAGCUGAAUGCAGAGUACCUCUUUCAACCCGAUAAACAGUACGACGUGAGUUACGACACUGGAGACAAAAGCAUUCAGUGUGGGAGACACGUGGACGUCUUCAAGCUGUGGCUCAUGUGGAAGGCCAAGGGCUCCGAGGGGUUUGGAGCCCAAGUCAACCACUGUUUGGAAAACGCGGAGUACCUCUACUGCAAAAUCAAGAGUAGACCUGACUUUGAGCUGGUCUUCAACAGUAAACCUGAACACAGCAACGUUUGUUUCUGGUACUUACCGCACAGUUUGAGGAGUAUGUCCCCAGGACCGGAGAGAGACAGAAGACUGCAUGCUGUCGCCCCAAAAAUCAAAGCGCGGAUGAUGGAGGGAGGGCAGACUAUGGUUGGUUAUCAACCCCUGGGAGACAAAGCAAAUUUCUUCCGCUGUGUUUUCUCAAACCCGGCGACCCAAAGGGAAGACGUGGACUUCCUCCUGAAUGAGAUCGCUCGACUUGGCCAUGAUUUGUAG